UCCGGUGCAGUCAGUCACAAGCUCCGCGGCGCGCGUGGAGAUCGCAAUGUCUGCUCAGAUGCUCUUGCCCUCUCCCCCGAGCGAAGACAUGUCUGCUUCAGCUUACUAUGGACACGUGACUUCGGCUGCUCCCUGGACUACUACGACCAGUUUGCCGGGGCUUGGGAUAUGUCGCAGGUACGACGGAGGAUCGCCAGACACCCCCGACAGCCAAUCGGAUGACUCGAGCCGCGACUCGCAACCGAGCCCAACUUCCUCCACGUCAUCGGCGCUGGGCGGAUCGGCAGUAACAUCGUCUUCUUCCUCUAAGUCCAACUACAAACAUGUCCCGCAUCGCGAGAAACCUCCUCAUCUAGUAGCCCGUCGGAAUGCCCGCGAGAGGCGACGAGUGCAGGCCGUCAACAACGCUUUCUCGAGGCUUCGGAAGUGUGUACCUGUGGAAAACCGAUCCAAGAGGCUGUCCAAGGUGAAGACACUGCACAGGGCUAUCGAAUACAUCCACGCGUUACAAGACAUUCUGGAAGAUGCGGAUAAAACGACUUCUGUGAGCUCUUCCGUACCGGAAACGAACCUGUCGGUGAACCAUUUCCCAGACCCUCAAGUCACGCACAACAACAAGGAGAAUGAUGCUAGUCAGCGAUGGAUUACGCUGGAAAACGCGGUGUGCUCAGCUCAGGAGUCCUAUUCCAACUACCUUAGCUUCUACGAAGAAUACCCAACCGGAUUUGCUAGCUGAUUAUAGACGGGCCUAUACGUCAUCGUCUCCUCCAAGUGCCAGGGAUACUUUUUCCCGCAAAGUGCCGACAAGACAUCUCCAUCCGCAGUAUUCCGACCCGAGUCCUCUAUACCAGUCAAGUUCAAGUAUAACCCCGCGAUGAAAAUUCGCGUCUGUACAAGAUGGGCAUUGCAUGGACAUUCCAUAUACUUCGGUAUUUUACAUUCCAAGACGCCUGUUCGUCAACUUAGUUCGUGGGAAAGGUUGUCCACACUUCGUUAUAGUCAUGUUGUUGCAGUAUUCCGAAUCCCGAUCUUGUCGUCCUUGUCGCUGUCCUUGUGCGUCAAGCUUUAUUUGAUUUACGUUUUAUUUCCGCAGUGAUCAUUCAACAACUGCCACGUAUUGUGAAUGUCGUCGUGUCCUUUUCUUUUUUUUUUUUACAUUCCCCUUCAACGUAUAGAUGCUUGACAUGGCGUCACCGCGACCUGUAAUAUACUCGUGCAAAGUUCCCUCGUCCAUAAACUGCCGGAUUUCCGUAACCUUGCACUGCUGUCAGUGUUACGAAGUACGUUCUCGUUAAGGAGUUCAAAGGUAGUCUUCAAGGUGCUAGUCUUCAAAGGUACAGCUCACUCGCAUAUAAGAACGUGUCAAGCACUGAAGGAAAGAACGACAUACAUUACUUUCCAAUGUUCUAUACCGGGCAGCUUGCCUUCAUGUCUAUACUCAUAGUACCAGGCAAUACUCCAGCGGCCCAUGCCUUACUUUCUUGAUGUCUGCUAGAGCUCAGCAGGGUUGUCGUGCACUUGAAAGUGUCCGCAAUUCGCGGAGCAGUGUACAAAGAGCAGCGUCAAGAAGUGCUAUACUGCGCUCA